GUGGUGGUGGCCGGGUAGUUUUCCUGUGUCGCCGUGGGGCUGGUGGCCGCGGCCUCUGGUCUGGGAUGAACCCCGCUCUCGGUGGAGGCAGGAGAGCUGAGCCGGAGCCAUGGCCAGUACAAUGGUAGCAGUUGGACUGACCAUUGCUGCUGCAGGAUUUGCAGGCCGCUAUGUUUUGCAAGCCAUGAAGCAUAUGGAGCCUCAAGUAAAACAGGUUUUCCAAAGUCUACCAAAAUCUGCUUUCAGUGGUGGCUAUUAUAGAGGUGGGUUUGAACCCAAAAUGACAAAACGGGAAGCAGCAUUAAUAUUAGGUGUAAGCCCUACUGCCAAUAAAGGAAAAAUAAGGGAUGCUCAUCGACGAAUUAUGCUUUUAAAUCACCCAGACAAGGGAGGAUCUCCUUAUAUAGCAGCCAAAAUCAAUGAAGCUAAAGAUUUACUAGAAGGUCAAGCUAAAAAAUGAAGUAAAUAUCUGAUGAAUUUUAAGUUCUUAGCAGUUAAUGUAUGAAUACCAACUUUUAAAUAAAAUGCUUCAAAGCUACAAAUCUUAAAAAUGAUUUAGCAGAAACAAAAAAACCUUGGGAUAAUUUUUUUGUUUAAAUCUGAGAACACCUCUGAGGGCUUUAGAUCUUUGUAAGUAAUUUAUGCAAGUAUAAAUCAGGCUAUUUGUAAAUCAUAAAAUUUGGAGGUUAAUAUUCAGUUAUGAAUACAUGUGACUUGAAUAACAACUCAUUACUCAUUAAAUUUUGUAACUAUUUCAAUGAACAUAACACUUGUUUCAAAUAAGUUGCCCAGUCUUAAUGG